CUCUAAAUCCCUAACUCCUCAAUUUUGGGGUUUUACAUUUCCUUAUCUGAAAAAGUCUCACUCUCUCUGAACUCGAAAUGAUCACUACAGUACUUCGCCGAUCUUGCCUUGAUUCUUCAAGGCGGACUCUCGCCGCCUCUCUGACCUCAAUUAAUGCGGCUCUAUUUCACCAUCUUACUCCGGCCGCCGCGAGAGUCUCCGAUCAAUCCGCGAUUGGCUCCUCCGAUGUCAAGCCUGGCUUCGCCUUCCCUCCUCCUCCGACGAGUACGUUUGGUGUUAAAGCGAGGGAAUUUCACUUUCAUUCUGGACCGUCGGAGUUCAGAUCGUCGAUGGUUUCUCCUGCCGGGUUUGCGAUAUCUGAGAGUAGUGACAGAGGAAUUGGAGAUUCGGAGAGUGUUGGUAGCAGCAGCGCUGACGGGCUCGCUAUAUCUGAGCUUGGAAUAUCUCCGGAGAUUGUUAAAGCUUUGAAGAGUAAGGGUAUUGAGAAACUCUUUCCUAUUCAGAAAGCUGUGCUGGAGCCAGCUAUGCAAGGUCGGGAUAUGAUCGGUCGUGCAAGGACUGGAACAGGAAAGACGCUUGCUUUUGGGAUUCCGAUCAUUGACAAAAUCAUCAAAUUCAAUGCUAAACACGGACGUGGGAGGAAUCCUCUCUGCUUGGUUUUGGCCCCGACAAGGGAGCUUGCUCGCCAGGUUGAGAAAGAGUUUAGGGAAUCUGCUCCAAGCUUGGAUACUAUAUGUGUUUAUGGAGGUACACCGAUUGGACAGCAAAUGAGGCAGCUUGACUAUGGUGUUGAUGUGGCCGUUGGAACUCCAGGUCGUAUCAUUGAUCUGAUUAAGCGAGGAGCUCUAAAUCUAUCAGAGGUUCAGUUCGUUGUUCUGGAUGAAGCUGAUCAGAUGCUUCAAGUUGGAUUUGCUGAGGAUGUCGAAGUUAUAUUGGAAAGGUUGCCUGAGAAGCGUCAGAGUAUGAUGUUUUCUGCAACAAUGCCGAGUUGGAUUAGAUCACUCACGAAAAAGUACCUGAAUGAUCCUUUGACAAUUGAUCUUGUUGGAGAUUCUGAUCAGAAGCUAGCAGAUGGAAUUACGACGUAUUCUAUCAUGGCAGAAUCGUAUGGAAGAGCAUCCAUUAUUGGUCCUCUUGUAACGGAGCAUGCUAAAGGAGGAAAAUGCAUUGUUUUUACCCAAACAAAACGGGAUGCUGAUCGUCUUGCAUAUGGAUUGGCGAGAAGCUUCAAAUGCGAAGCUUUACACGGUGACAUAUCCCAGAGUCAGAGGGAAAGAACACUAGCUGGUUUCCGGGAUGGACAUUUCAAUAUUCUUGUUGCGACUGAUGUUGCUGCUCGUGGACUUGAUGUACCUAAUGUCGAUUUGAUAAUUCAUUAUGAGCUUCCGAACAACACAGAGACAUUUGUUCACCGAACGGGUCGAACAGGCCGAGCUGGAAAGAAAGGAAGUGCUAUUCUCAUCCAUGGUCCAGAACAAUCCAGGGCUGUAAAAAUAAUUGAGAGAGAAGUCGGGCUCCGGUUCACUGAGCUCCCUAGAAUUGCUGUGGAACGUGAAGGUGGAAGCUUGUUUGAAGGAAUAGGUGCUCGAUCUGGUGAAUCCUUUGGGGGAGGCAGGAGAGAUCGUGGUUCAAGCUUUGGUGGUCGUUCAGGUAGUGGUGGGGGUAGUGGCCGUUAUUCUGGUGGUUCAGACCGGUCAUCUGGUUGGGGGAGCUUCGGUUCAGACCGUUCUUCUGGUUUCGGGGGCUUUGGUUCGGAUCGUUCUUCUCAGUCAAGCGGAAGGAGCGGCUUUGGUGGUCGUUCAGACGAUUAUGGUAGCAGCGGUGGCCGUUCAGGCGGAUCAAGCAACCGAUAUUCCGGUGGUUCAGACCGUUCUUCAGGAUUUGGAGGAUUUGGUGGUUCGGAUCGCUCUAGUCAGUCAGGAGGAAGGAGCAGCUUUGGUGGCUUUGGCUCAAACGAUGGUAAAAGGUCUUACUAAGAAAGUUGAGCUAGUAGAUUAUUAAGGGAUACGAAGGGAGACGAGCUAUAUAUAUAUAAAUGAAAUCUGUAGUUAUGUAAUGAAAAUCAAACAUACUUUCUUUUUUAAGUAUCAUCAUUGUUUCAUACGAGUUUGAGUAUCUGCGACUCCGUUUCUGUUUAUGCGAAUAAAUCAAGGAAAACUGCAAAAUAA